UCACAUGGCUUUGACGUCACGAUCUCGUCCAAGCCAAUCCAUUGUAGCCUGUACCACAUGCACUGAGGUAACCCUGAUCACACCACCCCUCUGUCAGAUUCUGAGGGGGCGUGUGGGGUAUAGGCUUAAGGCUGGGCAACGUGUAUUCACCUGUAAACAGAGGCUGGGCAGCACCAUCAUCUUGCUGUAGGGCACCUCUCAUUCAUUCCAGCCAUCCAAGUUGCUGGGGGAGGUUUUCUCUGAUCUUCCUUACGCAGCACAAAAUGGAGGAGUCUUUGCCUCAGUCUAAGUUGCUCGAUCAGCAUUCCCGUUUCAUCAUUGGCUCGGUGUCAGAGGACAAUUCCGAGGAUGAAUUUAGCUCAAUGGUUAGAGUGGACCUAGAGGAUAAAGAGAGAUCUUCAUCUCCAGCAUCCAUAGCCUCCACAGCCUCAGAUACCCUUUCUGAUAUGGGGCUCUCAAACUAUCAGGACAACCUUGCUCUGCAAAUGAGGCCCAGCAUGUCAGGUUUGCACUUGGUCAAACAAGGUCGGGAUAGAAAGAAGAUUGACUUGCAAAGGGAUUUUACGGUUGCCUCUCCAGCAGAAUUUGUCACUCGUUUUGGGGGAAAUAAAGUUAUUGAAAAGGUACUAAUUGCCAAUAAUGGCAUUGCAGCAGUAAAAUGCAUGCGUUCGAUUAGACGGUGGUCCUAUGAGAUGUUCCGAAACGAGAGAGCCAUCCGGUUUGUUGUUAUGGUUACCCCAGAAGAUCUAAAAGCCAAUGCAGAAUAUAUCAAAAUGGCAGAUCAUUAUGUACCUGUACCUGGUGGACCAAACAACAACAAUUAUGCAAAUGUUGAACUCAUCCUUGAUAUUGCAAAAAGGAUUCCAGUCCAGGCUGUGUGGGCUGGAUGGGGCCAUGCAUCAGAAAAUCCCAAACUACCAGAACUCCUGCUCAAAAAUGGAAUAGCUUUUAUGGGCCCUCCCAGUCAAGCCAUGUGGGCAUUAGGAGACAAGAUUGCAUCUUCCAUUGUUGCCCAAACAGCUGGAAUUCCAACGCUCCCAUGGAGUGGCAGUGGAUUAAAAGUAGAUUGGCAGGAGAGUGAUCUAAAGAAGAGCACUUUAAUUGUACCUCCGGAAGUAUAUGGAAAAGGAUAUGUGAAAGAUGUUGACGACGGUUUGAAGGCAGCGGAAGUCGUUGGAUAUCCUGUCAUGAUUAAGGCUUCUGAAGGUGGUGGAGGCAAAGGAAUCAGGAAAGUGAACAAUGCAGAAGAUUUUCCCAACCUCUUCCGCCAGGUUCAGGCAGAAGUUCCUGGCUCCCCUAUAUUUGUAAUGAGACUGGCCAAGCAGUCACGUCAUCUUGAGGUACAGAUUCUCUCUGAUCAGUAUGGAAAUGCCAUCUCACUUUUUGGCCGUGACUGCUCUGUACAGCGACGCCACCAGAAAAUUAUUGAAGAGGCACCUGCAUCAAUUGCUACUGCCACAAUUUUUGAGCAGAUGGAGCAGUGUGCUGUGAAACUUGCAAAAAUGGUUGGGUAUGUGAGUGCUGGCACUGUGGAAUAUCUUUAUAGCCAGGAUGGUAGCUUUUACUUCUUAGAGUUAAACCCACGGCUCCAAGUGGAGCAUCCCUGCACUGAGAUGGUAGCUGAUGUCAACCUACCAGCAGCACAAUUGCAGAUUGCGAUGGGGGUACCACUCCAUAGAAUUAAGGAUAUACGAAUGCUGUAUGGACUCCCUGCUUGGGGGGAUUCACCCAUUGAUUUUGACAAUUCACUAAAUGCCCCAUGCCCUAGAGGUCAUGUCAUUGCUGCUCGUAUUACCAGUGAGAAUCCAGAUGAGGGAUUUAAGCCAAGCUCAGGAACUGUUCAAGAACUCAAUUUCCGCAGCAACAAAAAUGUCUGGGGCUAUUUUAGUGUGGCAGCAGCAGGUGGUCUUCAUGAAUUUGCGGAUUCACAGUUUGGUCAUUGUUUCUCAUGGGGAGAAAACCGAGAGGAAGCCAUCUCAAAUAUGGUGGUAGCUUUAAAAGAAUUGUCGAUACGAGGCGAUUUUCGAACUACAGUAGAGUAUCUGAUAAAACUUUUGGAGACCGAAAGUUUUCAGAACAAUCGCAUUGAUACUGGCUGGCUGGAUAGGCUGAUCUCUGAGAAAGUACAGGCUGAACGCCCAGAUGCCAUGCUUGGAGUCGUUUGUGGAGCCUUGCAUGUAGCAGAUGUUACCUUCCGCAACAGUGUCUCCAAUUUUCUUCACUCACUUGAGAGAGGGCAGGUUCUGCCAGCACAUACACUGCUGAACACAGUAGAUGUGGAACUCAUCUACGAAGGAGAGAAAUAUGUUCUAAAGGUGACACGUCAAUCUCCUAAUUCGUAUGUGGUGAUAAUGAAUAACUCCUGUGUAGAAGUAGAUGUUCACAGGCUGAGCGAUGGUGGCCUUCUUUUGUCCUAUGAUGGCAGCAGCUAUACCACUUAUAUGAAAGAAGAAGUCGACAGGUACCGCAUAACUAUUGGGAAUAAAACAUGUGUCUUUGAGAAAGAGAAUGAUCCCUCAAUCCUGCGCUCACCAUCUGCUGGCAAGUUAAUUCAGUAUGUGGUGGAGGAUGGUGGCCAUGUGUUUGCUGGUCAGUGCUAUGCUGAAAUAGAGGUAAUGAAGAUGGUGAUGACACUGACAGCAGUGGAAUCAGGGUGUAUACACUACGUAAAAAGACCUGGGGCAGCCCUGGAACCAGGAUGUGUGAUAGCUAAGCUUCAGCUUGAUGACCCCAGCCGUGUACAACAGGCUGAACUUCAUAGGGGACCCCUUCCUCUGAUUCACAGCACAGCCCUUCGAGGAGAGAAACUUCAUCGGGUGUUUCACUGUGUUCUAGAUAACCUGGUCAAUGUGAUGAAUGGAUAUUGUCUUCCAGAACCCUACUUUAGCAGCAAGUUAAAAGACUGGGUUGAAAGACUGAUGAAGACCCUAAGAGACCCAUCCUUACCUCUGUUGGAGCUUCAGGACAUCAUGACCAGUGUGUCUGGUCGCAUUCCUCCAAAUGUAGAAAAAUCAAUCAAAAAGGAAAUGGCCCAAUAUGCCAGUAACAUUACUUCUGUGUUGUGCCAGUUUCCCAGCCAACAGAUUGCUAAUAUACUAGACAGCCAUGCUGCAACCCUUAAUCGUAAAUCUGACCGAGAGGUUUUCUUCAUGAACACACAGAGUAUAGUGCAGCUGGUUCAAAGGUACCGAAGUGGUAUAAGGGGGCAUAUGAAAGCAGUAGUUAUGGAUCUGCUGCGUCAGUAUUUGAAGGUGGAGACACAGUUCCAACAUGGUCACUAUGAUAAGUGUGUCUUUGCUCUCCGUGAAGAGAACAAAAGUGACCUGACAAUGGUGCUGAAUUCUAUAUUUUCUCAUGCGCAAGUCACCAAGAAGAAUCUGUUAAUCACCAUGCUCAUUGACCAGUUGUGUGGCCGAGAUCCCACAUUAACAGAUGAGUUGUUGAACAUACUUAUGGAACUUACCCAGCUAAGCAAAACAACAAAUGCUAAAGUUGCACUGCGGGCCCGGCAGGUCCUCAUCGCUUCACAUUUGCCUUCUUAUGAACUUCGGCAUAACCAAGUGGAAUCUAUAUUUUUGUCUGCCAUUGACAUGUAUGGGCACCAGUUUUGCAUUGAGAAUUUGCAGAAACUCAUUCUAUCAGAGACCUCCAUAUUUGACGUUCUACCAAACUUCUUUUACCAUAGUAACCAGGUGGUGAGGAUGGCAGCAUUGGAGGUAUAUGUUCGGAGGGCUUACAUUGCCUAUGAACUCAACAGUGUUCAACACCGGCAGCUUAAGGACAACACGUGUGUGGUUGAGUUCCAGUUUAUGUUGCCAACAUCGCACCCAAACAGAGGGAACAUCCCCACGCUUAACAGAAUGUCUUUCUCUUCGAACCUUAACCACUAUGGAAUGGUUCAUGUCGUCAGUGAUGUACUAUUGGAUACUUCAUUUACUCCACCCUGCCAAAGGAUGGGGGGCAUGGUUGCCUUUCGGACAUUUGAAGAUUUUGUGAGAUUAUUUGACGAUGUGAUGAGUUGCUUCUCAGAUUCUCCCCCUCAAAGUCCUGUAUUUCCUGAAGCUGGUCAUCCUUCGCUUUAUGACGAAGAUGAUAAUAAGAGCUCCAGAGAUGAACCUAUUCACAUCCUGAAUGUUGCCAUUAAAACAGAUUGUGAUAUUGAUGAUGAUGGACUGGCAGCCAUGUUUCGGGAAUUUACACAGAGCAAAAAAGCUGUGUUAAUGGAUCAUGGUAUUCGUCGGCUGACAUUUCUGGUAGCACAAAAGGAUUUCAGGAAACAGGUCAACUGUGAGGUAGAUCAACGAUUUCAAAGAGAAUUUCCCAAGUUUUUUACUUUCCGUGCAAGAAAUAAGUUUGAAGAAGACAGAAUCUACAGGCAUUUGGAACCUGCUCUUGCCUUUCAACUGGAGCUGAAUCGAAUGCGGAAUUUCGAUCUGACAGCAAUACCAUGUGCAAAUCACAAAAUGCAUUUGUAUCUGGGAGCCGCAAAGGUUGAAGUAGGCACUGAAGUAACUGAUUACCGUUUCUUUGUCCGGGCUAUCAUCAGGCACUCUGACUUGGUUACAAAGGAAGCCUCAUUUGAGUACCUGCAGAAUGAAGGGGAGAGAUUGCUUCUUGAAGCAAUGGAUGAGCUGGAGGUGGCUUUUAAUAACACUAAUGUACGCACUGACUGCAAUCACAUCUUUCUUAACUUUGUACCUACUGUUAUUAUGGACCCCUCAAAGAUUGAAGAGUCUGUUCGUAGUAUGGUGAUGCGCUAUGGAAGUCGUUUGUGGAAACUCCGUGUCUUACAAGCUGAACUGAAGAUUAAUAUCCGCCUGACACCCACAGGGAAGCAGAUACCAAUACGACUCUUUUUAACCAAUGAAUCUGGCUACUACUUGGACAUCAGUCUUUACAAAGAGGUGACUGACUCAAGGACUGCUCAAAUCAUGUUCCAAGCGUAUGGUGACAAACAAGGUCCACUUCAUGGCAUGCUAAUUAAUACUCCUUAUGUGACAAAAGAUCUAUUGCAGUCCAAAAGGUUUCAGGCACAGUCUUUGGGAACAACCUAUGUUUAUGAUAUUCCAGAAAUGUUUCGACAGGCACUUAUUAAACUAUGGGAAUCUAUGGAAGCUCAUGCAUUUCUGCCCAAGAGCCCUUUGCCUUCAGAUGUUCUCACUUAUACAGAACUGGUACUGGAUGACCAAGGGCAGUUAGUACAUAUGAAUAGGCUUCCUGGUGGAAAUGAGAUUGGUAUGGUGGCUUGGAAAAUGACCCUCAAGAGUCCAGAGUAUCCAGAUGGCCGUGACAUCAUAGUUAUUGGAAAUGACAUCACUUAUAAGAUUGGCUCAUUUGGUCCACAAGAGGAUCUUUUAUACUUAAGAGCAUCAGAACUCUCUCGAUCGGAGGGGAUUCCUAGAAUAUAUGUUGCGGCAAACAGUGGUGCAAGAAUAGGACUAGCAGAAGAGAUCCGCCAUAUGUUUCAUGUCGCAUGGGAAGACCCCGCUGACCCUUAUAAAGGUUUUAAAUACUUAUAUUUGACACCCCAAGAUUACAAGAAGGUGAGCGCUCUGAAUUCUGUACACUGUGAACAUGUGGAGGAUGAAGGUGAAUCCAGAUAUAAGAUAACAGACAUUAUUGGCAAAGAAGAAGGCCUUGGAGUGGAAAACCUCAGAGGAUCUGGCAUGAUUGCUGGGGAGUCCUCUUUAGCCUAUGAAGAAAUCAUCACCAUCAAUCUGGUCACAUGUCGUGCAAUUGGCAUUGGAGCCUAUUUAGUUCGACUGGGUCAACGAACAAUCCAGGUAGAAAAUUCACAUAUCAUCCUGACAGGAGCAGGGGCUCUUAACAAAGUCCUUGGCCGAGAGGUAUACACAUCAAACAACCAGCUGGGUGGCAUCCAGAUAAUGCACAACAAUGGAGUAACACAUAGCACUGUGUAUGAUGAUUUUGAAGGGGUGUACACAAUUUUGCAGUGGCUUUCUUAUAUGCCCAAGUGUGUAGCCAGUCCUGUUCCUAUUCUGACACCAAAGGAUUCUAUUGAAAGACUUAUAGAAUUCACUCACACCAAAGCUCCUUAUGAUCCACGAUGGAUGCUGGCAGGACGCCCCCACCCCACUCAGAAAGGGCAGUGGCUGAGUGGCUUCUUUGACUAUGGUUCUUUCAUGGAGAUCAUGCAGCCAUGGGCACAAACUGUAGUUGUUGGAAGGGCUAGGUUAGGAGGCAUACCUGUAGGAGUGGUUGCCGUGGAAACAAGAACUGUAGAGUUAAGUGUACCUGCUGAUCCUGCAAACCUGGACUCAGAAGCCAAGAUAAUCCAGCAAGCUGGCCAAGUUUGGUUCCCAGAUUCUGCCUUUAAAACUGCUCAAGCCAUCAAGGAUUUCAACAGGGAAGGUCUUCCCCUUAUGGUGUUUGCAAACUGGAGAGGGUUUUCUGGUGGAAUGAAAGAUAUGUAUGACCAAGUGCUGAAGUUUGGGGCCUACAUUGUGGAUGGUUUGCGUGAAUACCGCCAGCCAGUGUUGGUAUACAUUCCACCUCAGGCUGAACUCAGAGGAGGCUCAUGGGUAGUAAUUGAUCCCACAAUAAACCCAAGGCACAUGGAAAUGUAUGCUGACAAGGAAAGCAGGGGAGGUGUCUUGGAGCCAGAAGGAACAGUAGAAAUCAAAUUUAGGAGAAAGGAUUUGAUUAAGACUAUGCGUCGUGUUGACCCAGUCUACAUUCACUUGGCAGAGAAAUUAGGCACACCAGAAUUAGGUGCUGCUGACUGUAAAGAACUUGAGACCAAGCUGAAGGAGCGGGAGGAGUUUCUGCUACCUAUCUACCACCAAGUGGCUGUGCAGUUUGCAGACUUGCAUGACACCCCAGGCAGAAUGCAGGAAAAGGGAGUUAUUACAGAUGUUAUUGAGUGGAAGACGUCACGCACAUUUUUCUACUGGAGACUAAGGAGGCUGCUUUUGGAAAAUGUAGCAAAAAAGAAGAUUCACAGUGCAAAUCCUGAACUUACAGACGGUCAGAUACAAGCUAUGCUUAGGCGAUGGUUCGUGGAAGUAGAAGGAACUGUAAAGGCCUACCUGUGGGACAAUAAUAAGGAUGUGGUUGAGUGGCUGGAGAAGCAGAUGGCAGAAGAGGAAGGUACUCGUUCUGUGGUCGAUGAAAACAUCAAGUACAUCUCCAGAGAUUAUAUCCUUAAACAAAUCCGCAGCUUGGUGCAAGAAAACCCUGAAGUCGCUAUGGAUUCCAUUGUGCAUAUGACUCAACAUAUUUCGCCCACCCAAAGAGCUGAAAUUGUACGCAUUUUAUCAACUAUGGAUUCCCCAACUUCCUCCUAAAGGCUCUUUCUGGAGGGGCUCAGCCUUGGUGUCUCUUUAGCAAAAACGCCAGUAUCAUGUUAACGCACAAGGAAAACAUCUGCAUUUCCAUGAUUCGUAAAUGAUAAAACUGUACUGUAGUAGUUAUGUAGCACUUUAUAUGUUGACUCAAACUCGGCAAGACACUUUGCAUGCCUGAUAGCCUUGAGAAUGAUUGAGAGCUUGGUUAAAUGUAAUUCUCUAUAUCAUCUUUGUUAAUAUUUUUUAAUAGACUUCCAACUUUUUUUUUUAAGAAAAACAUUUCUGCAGUAUUACACAGUUCUUUCACUUUGUUCAAAAGGUACACAGUCACCUUUUUAGCUGGUGAGCUAGGUUUACAAAUAUAGACGUAAGGAAGCCAUUUUGAAUAAAACUGUUCUACUUGCACUUACUCUUGAGGAUCACACAUUGGCAGGUUAGUGGGGGUGUCUUUCAGCUAUGGAAUUGUAGUAUAGCUGUACAUCAAAACUGAUACUCCAAGAUGGGGAUCUUUUGAAAUUGUCUUUUUUCAGCUACAUAGGAAGCAAUGUUAUUCAGAGAUUGCGCAGUUUGAAACACGUUUUUUUUAUUUUACCUUAUAAUAGAACAUAAUAGAAUACCUUAUAAUAUAAUAGAAGCUGCAAAUGCAGGUAGAACAGAGGGGGACUUUUAGUGGAAUCAUAAAUCUUUGGCUAGCUUGUUAGGGAGGAUACUGCAUGUUACAUUUCCCCCAUAUUAAGUUAUGGAGGGAAAAAAGAUAAGAAAAUAAAAAAAAAAAGCCAUCUUGAAGCCCCAGAGUGGUAAAAGUUGGCAGAUCUACCCCUUGGUCGAAAUCAAUUUAUCUAAGGGUUUUCCAAUCAGUUAUUUAACCUUUCUGAUUGUCCAGAUAAUGUUUCUGGUAGAAAAAGUCUUUAAUCAAUCGACACCUUUACAAAUGGGCCGGGUUGUCAAAAUAUAUUUUUCCUUUCCUGUGGGUCAGAAUUGAAUCAUAACAUCCUACCUAUUAAAUGUUUCACAUAAAUGAGCAUUUUAUUACAUUUAGCACAGUGCAAGUCUGCGGGAGACUUAACGAAUUGUUGCAAAUCUCAAUUGCUGAUACAUUAAUGAAUCUUCAUACCCUUUAUUAAUGACAUUUCUAAUGGAUUUUUAUGCCAUUUAGGAUUCAGUUCUUCAUUAUAAAUAAACCCGGCCUAGACUGAAUGCCUUCAUAGCCGAAAUCUUCACCCCAGUUGAGCCAUUCUGUAGUUUUGCAAUAUACUUUCUGUAAUCUGGAACCCCACAUUUCACAGCAUUUUUAAAGUAAGAUCUUACUAUAACUUUGUAGGCAAACGCAGAAUCAUUUCCGCCCUAGAAUUCGAUCCUUUACUGCAGAAAAAAUAUUUUGCUAUUAUUGCCAGUGACUUACACUGGUCGCUAAGCUUCAAUUUACAGGUACUUAUAGAUUCUUCUCCAUCAAGGAUUUGUGCAACAUACUAUGAGUACAUUUUUCUAUGGAGAAAAAAGUAACCUCAAGUUACCUUGUAAGGAGGUUUUUAUUGAUUCUGUUACAGGUUUCCCCCAUCCACAAAACCAGAGAUGUAGCUUUGAAGUGUUUCUUCUAUAGAUUGAAAAAGGAAUUAUGUGAUUCUCUAAAAUAUGUUACUGAAAAUAAUAUGUCAAAAACCUUACCAUAUCUUGCCCACUAUAGAUAUGAAACCUAGGUCUACUAGAAGAUAGUCUAGGUUGAUCUAUACCUUUGCAUCAUGUCUUAUGGUUUACUUUCGUCUUAAGUCUAUGUUAUUAAUUAUUGACUGUUAAUGCCCUGGGUCACUGGAGAAAACACAGGCAUCACAAUAUGGCAGUGGUUAUAGAUAAUGGGGUAGAUUUAACUAAGUCAUAGCAGCCUUUUUUACACUGUUUUAUGAUUCUAAUACAGAUUUGGCUGGAAAAUACUAGAAAAGCAAUAUAAAAAUUGCACUUUGAUGUAACAGUGUACUAGGUACUAGUGCAUUUUUAAAACUACCUCUGCAUCUGUAAGCUGCUUCUCAAAUCAGAUAGAGACAAAAGGCAGACAAUAAAAUUGCAGCUGAAUCUGCAAAAAACGUGGGCCAAAAGACAACUUGCCUCUGCUAAUAUGUGAUUUGCCUGUUAAUCCGGGCUGGGGAGAAGAACACUGACCAAACCAACUGUUAAUAUUGCCAAUGUUACUUGUAGUAAAUGUACCUCAAUAUCAGUAAUCAAAAUGUGCUGCUGAAAACAAUGCUGUGUUUUUAAUCUUUCCUGCUGUUCUCAUAAUAUUAUUCUUUGUUCUUAACUGUGUAACGUUGCCAUGUAAUUUAAUGGGUUUUUUUUCAGAAAAUAGAAGAAAUUACAGCAUUUCAUUAUAAUAAUACUUAUUUAAUGUUCCUGAAAUUUCAUUUAAUAAGUACAUAUGAAAUGACAAAUACAUACAUACAUGAAUUUU